GCAUCAGCCUAUCAUAAAGGGCAACCAUACUCAAGCAGCUCAAAACCUCUAGCCAGCUACCAAGAAAUGGCUCUGCUUGCUUCUGCCCUGAUAAGUCACACUGCCCAUCGUCCUGGCCUAAGAAGCCACAUAGGAUCCAAUGGUGGCAAUUUGUCAUGGCACGAGAAGGGUAAAAAAAGGUGUGACCUUACUAGGGUUAGAUCACGAGCCUGGAGCUCCGAUCUUGGACAACAUCUGAUGCCCUCGGAAAUCCCAAGGAGGGACUGGUUCAGCCACGAGUUCGUCUUUGGCAGCGCCACUUCAGCGUACCAAAUUGAAGGUGCUUGGAAUGAGCAUGGCAAGGGGCCAAGCACUUGGGACCACUUCUGCCACAAUCAUCCUGAGAGGAUAUUUGAUAGGAGCAAUGGGGAUGUUGCAGUGAACUCCUACCAUCUGUAUGAAGAGGAUGUCAAGUUGCUGAAGGAAAUGGGCAUGGACGCCUAUAGGUUCUCCAUCUCUUGGUCGAGAAUACUGCCAAAGGGGACGCUCGAAGGUGGGAUAAACUAUCAAGGCCUCCAGUACUACAAAAACCUGAUCAACACGUUGAAAGAGAAUGGCAUUGAGCCAUACGUAACAAUUUUCCACUGGGACACUCCUCAACAACUGGAAGAAAACUAUGGCAGCUUCUUAAGUCGGAUGAUUGUAAAAGAUUACACAGACUUUGCCAGGUUGUGCUUCGAGCAUUUUGGUGACAAGGUGAAAAACUGGUUCACCUUUAAUGAGCCUCACACAUUUUGUACAUAUGCCUAUGGAACCGGGGAGCAUGCUCCCGGGAGGUGCUCACCGGGGCGCAAUUGUGCCAUCCCAUAUGGUGACUCGCUCAGCGAGCCAUACCUUGUUGGCCACAACAUCCUCCUAGCUCAUGCUGAGGUUGCUCAUCUGUACAAGAAGUAUUACAAGGGUGAAGACGGACAGAUAGGGAUGGCGCUCGAUUCAUUGUUCUUUGAGCCGUAUGGAAAGACAUUCCUCGAUGAACAAGCCAAAGCAAGAUCCAUUGACUUCAACCUAGGAUGGUUCAUGGAACCAGUGUCUCGUGGUGACUACCCCUUCUCCAUGAGAUCACUGUUGAGGGAUCGACUACCGUACUUCAAAGAUGACGAGCAAGAAAAAUUAAAGGGUUCCUCCAACAUGAUGGGGCUCAACUACUACACAUCCUUGUUCUGUGAGCAUGUCGACAUUUCUCCAAAAUUCUCGCCAGCGGUGAACACCGAAGAUGCCUAUGCGAUACCCAAAAUAUAUGAUCACGAAGGGAAUGCUAUCGGUCCUGAUACUCGAACACAAUGGAUUAAAUCAUACCCAAAAGGCCUAAAGGAACUUCUUAUGAUCAUCAGGGACAAAUACGGAAACCCACCCAUCUACAUCACUGAGAACGGGACCGCGGACGAUGACUUCGGCGAUCUAUCCAUGAAAGAUGCGUUGGAUGACGGUAUCAGGCUAGAGUACUUGCAGCGCCACAUCUCAGCCGUCAAAGAGUCAAUAGACUUGGGUGCGGACGUGCGCGGGCACUUCACCUGGUCUCUGCUGGACAACUUCGAGUGGAGUAGAGGCUACACCUGUCGUUUUGGCCUCAUCUACGUCGACCGCAACAACGGCUUCAAGCGGCACAUGAAGAAGUCAGCCGAGUGGUUUAAAGAGUUUAACGGCGCCUCAAGGAAGUUCAUCAAUGACAAACGUGGUGGCAUCGUCGUCCUCAAUCCAGCUUUGGUCGGCAAUAACUGAGAUGCGUGCAGCGUGGUUGGCACACGGGCUGCACGGAGAAUAACUUCGGUGUGAGUUUUGAAACCGGCAAGUAAUAAAAUAGAAAAUAAUUUGGUGUCCCUGCUUUUGGAUGCAUGCUGCAGAUGCAAAUGAACGAACUGAUGUGUCCAUUUCACUACUGGCUGAAUCUGAAACAGUGCAUGUUAUGAGCAAACA